GCGGAGCCGCCCCAGGAGGGAGCGAGCAGUUUUCCUACCGACUCUCCAGGAUCCACCUGAGACUGACCGACCCGACCCGACCCGACCCGGGCAGGCCGAAGAAUCGAGAGCUGAGGACUAUUGACCGGAGCCUCCCGCCGGCGAGUUCUGUCAUGGGCGGCGACACGGCGGCGGCGGAGGUGGGGGGCCGCCAGGUGCCCGCGGUGAGCCUGGAGGGCCUGGAGGUGGUCUCCGCCCUGGGGCGCGGGGCCAAGGGGGUGGUGUUCCUGGUCCGGGACGAGGACCUGGACCAGGCCUGGGCGCUGAAGGUGAUACUGAGGGACAACCUCGAGAAGAAGAGCGACAAGGCGGCGGCGAAGGCCGGCGGCGGCCGCGGGGGCAGCGGCGGCAGCGAGGGCGGCGACGAGUACCGGCGGAUCGCUUUCGAGCAGGAGGUCCUGGGGCAGUUCGAUCACCCGCUGCUCCCGAAGCUCCGCGCCGUCGUGUCGGAGGAGACGGAGAAGAUCCUCGGCUACGCCAUCGAUUACUGCCCCGGCCGCGACCUCAACUCUCUCCGGAAGAAGCAGACCGAGAAGAUGUUCUCCGAUGAAAUCAUCAGGUUCUACGCGGCGGAAUUGGUUCUGGCGCUCGAGUACUUGCACGGCCUGGGGAUCGUGUACAGGGACCUGAAGCCAGAGAACGUGAUGAUCCAGGAGGACGGCCACAUAAUGCUCGUCGACUUCGACCUCUCCACUAAGCUAUCUUCCGAAUCCGCUCAAUGCUCUCCGAUCGUCCCCGACCCAGCGCCCAAGCCCAAGCCGCAGGCGGCGAAGCCCAGGAGGCGAUUCUCUCCGUUCCCGGGAUGCUGCGGCUCGGGGAUCUCGCCGGAAUACUCCUCGUCCCGCUCGAGCAGGCCCGGCCCAAACUCCAUUUUCCCGGCCGCGCCGGGGCCCCUGCCUGCGGCGGGGUCGGGGUCGGGGGGGAAGUCCAACUCGUUCGUCGGGACGGAGGAGUACGUGGCGCCGGAGAUCAUCCUGGGCGACGGCCACGAUUUCGCCGUGGACUGGUGGUCGCUGGGGAUCUUCCUCCACGAGAUGCUGUACGGGACCACCCCGUUCCGCGGGUCGAACCGGAAGGAGACCUUCUACCGGGUCCUGACCAAGGAGCCCGAGCUGGUGGGCGAGGCCACGCCGCUGCGGGACCUGAUCAGGAGGCUGCUCGAGAAGGACCCGAGGCAGCGGAUCGGGCCGGAGGGGAUCAAGGCCCACGAGUUCUUCCGCGGGGUGAGGUGGGACACGGUGCUGCGGAUCCAGCGGCCGCCGUACGUCCCGCCGCCAGCGGAGGAGCUCGAGGCGGCGAGGAGGAGGGACGGCGGCGGCGGCAGGAAGAAGGUCCCGUUCGACGUGGUGGCGUUCGUGGAGGGAAUAUUCAGGAGCGGAGGAGAGGGCGAGAGGAAUAAAGAAGGCGGCGAGGAUAAGGGAAAGGACGGCGACGACGGAGGGAAUAAGGAUGAUCAUGCGAACAAGCGGGCUUGGGUGGAGGAGCUGAACGAGCAUCCCUCCAAGCCUAAUGAUUUCUUGGAUUUCUAACUUUAGGACAUAUUCUUUUCUUUUUUCUUUUUUUGAAUUAUAUGGGCAAUGUGUAUAUAUCAUGUUGAUCCACAGGACGAUUUUGAGUUCAAUUUUUUAUUUGCCGAAUUGGAAUCGGUGUCUUUUUUUAUAAACAAGAUUCUCCAAUCUAUAAUGUCUUUGAAAGUAGUCAGUAAUAAUAGCGAUUGACUCAAAUUGCAUG